AUCAACAACUUGGUGAUAAAAAAAUAAUUUUUUUUUUUACUCAUUCAAAUCUUAUUGUGUGUAUAUAUAUAGUUUUGUUUCAAGAGGACUGAGCUUUGGUUAAACAUCCGGUCUAAUGUGAUUUGUAUUAUAUGUAUAUCGCAUAUAAUUUUUAUUUAUUUAUUUUUUGCCAUUGAUACGAGUCUUUGAUUGAUACGAGAAAUUAAUCUGUAAAUAUAUAUAUUUAAAGUUUAUUUUAUAUGUGGUUAAUAUAUAUACCGGAAAUGCAGAUCGCAAAAAAUAAUAAAAAACAUUCGCACGCUUCUUUCAUAUCGUAAUUGAAGGCGUUGAAUGAUAAGAUUGAGUUUAUAUUUGUUAGAUAAAAUAAUUUUUUUUGCCGCGUUAAUGUUAUAAAGAGAUUAAAAAGUCUCAAUCGUGCAAUAAAAAAUAAUAUGAGUGAGUGUAAAGCGUGUGUACUUUUAUCAUAUCACUUAUUAAAAUUAAUAAUUUUUUUGUUUAUCAAAGUGUGAGAAUAAAUCAAACGCGUUUAAAUUUAAUUAUAUUUUGUUGAAAAGUAUAGAUAAAGUAUUUAUAUGAGAAUAUUUAUUUAUAUACAUACAUACAUCUAUGUACGAAAAUAAAAAUAUAUGUAUAAAAAAAAAAGUAGAGUGUAUUGGGGCUUGCAAAGAAAGCGGGGAGGGUCCGAUGAAAUGGCUGUCGGGGCCUACGAGUCAGUUUAUUCCGGGACUUCAUACAGUGAGCACUCACUGUCUAUAAUAAUUUUAAUAUUUUGAUUCGAAGCUUUUUUUUCAUUUCAUAAAUAUUUUUUGAUUAUUUAUAUUAUUUACUAUUGCUCAUAUUUUUAAAUAGUACUUAUCAAUUGAUUUUAAUAUUCAACAUUUACACAGUGAUAUCGGUACAGUGAAUAUAACUUGAAAAAAAAAAAAUAAUAUUCAAGAAUAUUUAUUUUUAUUUAUAAAUAAAAAUAAGAAAAAAAAACACGUGCAAUGAUGUCGUAUGAUUAUCCUCAUCCAGCUUCAAGAACUUAUCAGUAUAAAAAGGUCACAAAACCACUAUUGGAAAGAAAAAGACGUGCACGUAUCAAUCGAUGUUUGGAUGAAUUGAAAGAUCUCAUGGUUGAGGCCCUCGAGACUGAAGGUGAAAAUAUAAGUAAAUUAGAAAAAGCUGAUAUUCUUGAAUUAACAGUACGUCAUUUACAAAGAAUACAUGGAUCUCAACCAUCAUUAUCAUCACCAAGUAUUGUUGUUCCACCUCAAGAUAUUGCAACAGCUGAAAGUAGAUGGAAAUCUGGAUUUGGUCAUUGUGCAACUGAAGCAUGUAGAUAUCUUGCUUCACUUCCUGAUGAAUCUGGUGAACGUUUAGCAAGACAUCUUGCAUCUGGAUUACAAUCAACAAGAAAUAUCAAUGUUCAGGUAAUUCCACAACCAAGAACAGUAUCACCAAUAAUAUUAAAUUCCAAUAGAAUUUGUGAAUCAAUUAAUAAUUCACCACGUUUGGCUAAUGAAUGUCAAAUGUCAAGACCAUUAUCAUCAUUACCAUUUAACAAUCAACGAAUUGCACCACCAUCACCAAUGUCACCACCAAAUUCUGAAUAUUCAUAUGCAUUUGAUAAUCAAUCACCAUCAAAUUAUGUCAUGAGAAAACGUAAUAGAACAAAUUCAACACGUCAUCAUCAUCAUCAAGCUAACAAUGAAAAUAUUGAUAUUGAAAGAGCUAAUUAUAGAAAUCUCAUGUGGAGACCAUGGUAGCAAAUUAUAUUGUGUUUUUUAUCAUUUAAGUUUUGAUUGGCAUUUUUUCUGCUUUUUUUUUUUUCUCAUUGUACAGUACACAAAGCUUUAUUGCCUCAGUUAAAUAUUUUAGUAUUUAUAAAAUAAUGUAUUUUUUAUACUCAAUUUAAUUUUAUCAUUGGCUUAGUAACAAAAAGGUGUAAGUGCCAGUCGAGAGAUAUGCUUUUUAUGUUUCA